AUGCCCGCCGUAGCAUCCGGCCAGUCAACAUUAUGGGAAAUCCUCUAUAGAAACUUCAAGAGGGACUCGAUUCCAGACACUGCCGUAAACUCCGUCGAGGAGAAGAAGUACCAACUCGUUCCCAGCUUGUCGAUAGAAGGCAAGCAGAUCGGAAUGCGUCAGAUAUGUUGGGAGGGAAGUGUAUUCGGUAUCCAAACUGAUGUCGUCGAUGAGGGCCUCGUGGAACUUGCGGACGGUGGCGAACGUGCCCCAGUGCAGCUUGGACAAGCGGUAGUCGUAGAAGGGACCACCGUCGAGGCUGGCAACGGCGGCCCCGUCGGGAGGAGGGACCGAGCGAGGCUCGAUGAUGCCGCGCAGUUGCUCGAGAACUUUCGUCUUCGACUCUUCGGUACGGCGUAUCCAUCCUGGGCUGCCAUUUCCCCCUUUAUGUGA